CCUCGUCCUCCCUCACUCCAAUGGCGACGGCACCACACUGGUGGAGAAAGAAAUUUGAGUCCUUGGAUUUGGCAGGCAAGUCGUUUCCAUCUCCCAACACAAUUCAUUCUUCUCGUUUUAUUACCGCAUUUUCUCCAUUAUGAUUCCAAUUGCUCGCAAUACUCUCUCCUGUUUGUUUUCAAACCCUAAUUCAUUUCUCUGCAACCCCAAUGUUCUCUCAUUCCACUUUUUUUCCACUGCGAGAGCCAAAAGACCAUUCAUCCCUUCCCCUGAAAUUUACGAUGUAUUGGUUCAUAAACAUCAAUUUUGUCCUGAAUUGACUGCACUUGCUUCAUCGCGCUUACCUAAAUUUAGAAGCCAUGAAAGAGCUGAUUCAUUACUGUCGUUCCUGAGAGAGAAUAGCUUUACGACUACUCAGCUGCAGAAACUCGUCAUAUAUGAUCCUCGGGUUCUAGGAUUUACUACUGAGGGUUUUAAAUCCAGAUUCAAGGUAUUCCAAGACUUGGGGCUUUCUUCCGAGGAGAUUGCCAAGAUAAUUUCCAGUAAUCAGGGGAUUUUGCAUUCAUGUAUGGCCAGCAAAGUCAUUCCUUCCUUAUCGAUGCUAAAGGCCUUGCUCGGAUCCAAUGAUGAGGUGGCCAGACUUCUUAAAAAAUGCGCAUGGUUUUUAGUGUCCGAUUUGGAGAAAACCUUAAUGCCAAAUGUGGAAAUCUUGAAGAGCUGCAGUAUACCAAUGGAGCGUAUCCUUCAUUUCCUCUACGCUAAUCCAAGAUGUUUCUUGGUCAAGCCGGAUAUUAUGAGAAAAUCUGUAGACAGGGCCAUCAAAUUUGGGAUUCCUCAAACUUCGAUUGUUUUUAUCCAGUCUCUCGCAGUUUUCUCUUGUACGAGUGAAGGGAUGUGGGAAGUCAAGUUGGAAACUCUCCGUGAUUCGGGAUUUUCUGAUGAUGACAUAUUCACAAUGUUCAGGAAGCAACCUAGUGUGUUUUCAGCAUCUGCAAAGACAAUGAAGAAUAAAAUAGAGCUUGUGCUUGAUACCGGUAAAUACAAUAAAUCCAAUAUUGUCACUUGUCCAUCAGCAAUUGGGUACAGUAUUGAGAAGAGGCUUGAGCCUCGGAUGCAAAUUCUGAGACUUCUGGAAAGUAGGAAUCUCAUUGAAAAAUGGCCUUCUCUUUCAGCAUUUGCUAGAUUUACAGAUGAUAGAUUCUUUAACAUGUUUAUUAGGCCUUAUUAUGAUGAGAUUGGCCAAGAAUGUAUCACAAAAAUGUGUCAAGCACGGAUGGAAAAGAAGCUUUAAGUGAAUGCUCAAGAAUCUUGUAUAAAGUUAUAAUGCUUAGCUGUGCAAUUCCUAUAAGCUUUGCUGCCUAUUGGGUCCGGGAUAGGUAGUGUCUCUACACAUUGCUGCCAGUUGAAGGACUCUAAUAGGUACCUUGCUAAUUCCCAUUAAUAGUCAUCUUGUGCUUCCUGGUUCUGAAAUAUGGUUAAUUCAUUUUUUUGUAUAGUUGCCAAGAUCAUUGCUUGUAUUCUAUUGAAUAGUGUGCUAGAAUUUGACAUGGCCAAGUGAUAUCUAGUUUGGUAGUUUCCUUUUCCUUGAGAUUAUUAUAAAGUUAUGUCCAAAUACGGCCUAAGCCAUGUUAUGUUCUUAGUUUCAAUAUAUGUAAAUAGUAUCAUUUACAUAUAUUGAAAGGAUCAUUUAUAUAUGUUGAAGUGUUAUUUACAUAUAUAAAAAGUGUCAUUUACAUAUAUCAUAAGUAUCAUUUAUUAAUGCAAACAAUGUUAUUUACGCAUAUUGAAAGUGUUUACUACGGUCGUUCCGGGAUCCACUAGUAGGCGCGCUUGCAUUUGGGUGCCAAAUGACGAUCAAUGAGUUGUUGAUUUUUUGCUGGCCUGACGAAGUGGAAUACUGAGUGUUGGCUGAAUCUUUUUUACCUUUUGAGGUGGAAGGUAUUGCUUCUAUCAAACUUGCAAAGAAUUGGGCAGAGGAUAUCAGAUAUUGGAGUUAUGAUGAGAAAAGGGAGAUAUUCUGUGAAGUUGGGAUAUCUAUAUUCUGCACCCUUCCACUUCUUGGUCCGAUAGCAAGGAGUGGUGGGGUUGGGUCUGGUCUUUAAAUGUUCCGCCGAAGAUGAAGCACUUUGCAUGCUGAGGCAAACCUCAUCUUCCGGUAUAACUGGUGUAAGAAAGCAUGGGGCACUACUUCUCAUGGUGAGUUGGUGAACGUGGUCUUGAAAAAGUCUGAUUUUUGGAGGGAGAUCCAAAGCUUAUGGAGAUUCAAUAUGGAAGGGUUGGAAUGUUGGUUCAUCAUUUUGUGGGGGACGUUAGCAAUGCUGCCGAAGGUCUGGGAUGCCACCAUGCAAGGAUGUGUCUGUCCAUCAUGCUAUGGGAGUGGGCUUCAUCUUAAGAUAUCAUAUGAGUACUGCGCGCAUAUUCUUCUUGGAAAACUUCAUGCCAUGAUUCUUGGAAUUGGCUUUUCUUUGGAGAACAACACCUAUUAUACAACCAAAAGAGAAGGUGGUCUUGGAUUUCUGUCAUUGCCCGCAGGGAAGCUAAUCGGGCAGCUCAUAGUCUACCUAAUUUUGCUAUCCUUUCUUAUGAUGUAAUGAUUUGGAAGUCGGACUUUCCGUGCUGGCUCCUAGACAUUGUACAUCGUGAUGGAAUAAUAUUUGUGUCUCUACAUAUAUUGAAAAUCUCA